AUGGCCGCCAUCCCUUUGCCGUAUAUCAUUUUCUUCCUCUGGAUCGAACCCGUUGCCACACUCGCCGGAGCAUACUACGCCUGGCUGCUACCAGCAACCUAUCUCGAACUCACUGAGGCCGCCUCCGCGCCUGGCAUUCUCGGGCUGCCCACGGCAACCAAUGUCGUCCUGCGACAACUCGGCAAUUUGUACGUCGCAUUUGCCAUCAACGAAGCCUUUGUCUUGCGUGCAACAACCGACUUGAAAGUCUGGCGCGUGCUGUUGCUAGGCCUGCUUAUCGCAGAUUUCGGCCACUUGUACAGCUGUUUUCCGCUCGGAAUCAGAUCUUACUACGACGUCGCUAAUUGGAACGCCAUGGCCUAUGGGAAUUACCUGUUUGUCUACUGCGGGGCAGCAACGAGGAUUUGCUUUUUGUUGGGGGUUGGCAUGGGAGGUCCCAAGCGAGCGAAGAGCAAGGCCAAGAAGUCUGUCAGGCUGGCUCUCGAGGAGGCUCCUCCCAUCACCCCUACGCAGAUGAACAGGACUCCUGCUCAGAGCACGAGGAGGAGGAAGAACAAGUCUUAG